CCUAUUGGCUCUUGGAGUGACUUUUACCAUAUUAUAAUGUCCCCCAAUUUGGUAUAUAUAACAAACUAUGGUUUCAAAUUUCAAUCUAAAUAUUGUGAAGAAACAGAGUAACUCUGUUUCUCUCUUUACUCUUUAGUCUUCAACAGUCAUUCAUUCACACACACAUACACUAAAAUGGAUUGUUCCUUCAUACCCAAUUUAUCAAAAUCAAAUUUUUUUGAAGAAUCUUCAUUUGGGUCAUUAGAUUCAUUCUCUUUGAAUCCAAAAAACCACGAAUUUCUUCCCUUCAAUGAAAACGACCCAGAAGAGAUGCUUCUAUAUGGCAUGAUAACAUCAUCAUCACAACAAAAAACACUAAUCACAAAUGAAAAUGAAUCACCAAAGAAAAACAAGUCCUACCGCGGCGUUCGGCGGCGACCGUGGGGGAAAUUCGCGGCGGAGAUAAGGGAUUCAACAAGACAUGGCAUAAGGGUUUGGCUAGGAACAUUUGAUAGUGCUGAAGCAGCAGCACUUGCUUAUGAUCAAGCUGCUUUUUCAAUGAAAGGUUCAGCUGCAACACUUAAUUUUCCAGUUGAAAAAGUUAAGGAAUCACUUAUGGAAAUGAAUUAUGUGUUGUCUAAUGAUGAUGAUGAGUGUUGUUCCCCUGUUGUUGCUUUGAAGAGAAAGCAUUCCAUGAGACGUAAAAUGGAUGAAAAGAAGAAGAAGAAACAAGAUAUGGAUGUUGUUAGGAUUGAUAAUUUGGUUGUGUUUGAAGAUCUUGGUGCUGAAUAUUUGGAACAAUUGUUGAUGUCUUCUGAUAAUCAAAAUACUUGGUGAAUUUAUGCUAUUCCACCAAUAUUUGAUUGGAUAAUAUGUAAUUUGUAGCCAAUUAAACUAUAUGUUAAUCUUUUAUUUAUCUAAGUGUUUGUUUAAAUUUUUUUAUUGAGAUAAGGAUUUUGCAACUAUA